UGUUGUUCUGGCUUUUCUCUUACCAAUGUCAGAACAAAUAGUACGGAAGCAUCGUACGUUUGGAGGAGAGCAGCUAAAAUGAGUGUUGCGUGAGCAUAAACAUAGUUUCUGUGUUGGUUUCGUUCGUUUUCAAGUGCACCUUCUGUCAAACGUUUCCCGGUGAUCCAGGUCCAGUGCAUGCAGCGGUGGCCACUUGUUACCUGUUAGCGCCAUCGUCUGCUCGAAUGCUACCCAAACCCCGAGCACCCAUCGUUCUGUGUUACCUGGCGUAUCGGCACACAUCCAGCAAUAAUGCUCUCGUCAAGCUAGCGCCAAACAUACAAAAAGUGUCCUAAGUGAAUGCAACCAGUGUCUACUUGUUACUUCCUGUUAGUGCAAUUCCUCUGCCAGCCCUCCCCCCCCAAAUCCUGCAGCGCUCAGUCAACGACGGCGGACGGCGCACCUGCGACACGGCAAUGUUUUUGUUCUAGUGAGAUCAUGUUCCUCCUUUAAUGCGUGGCGAUGCGUUUUUGUGCUUGUACAAGGAGGAAUAUUGAAUAUCUGUUUAACUUACGCCGUCGAAGCUACCGUUAAAGUUGCAACAUUGCUCGCACAGUGACCAGUAGAAUUAGAAACAUCACUCCAGAAAGAGGAACAGACCAUUAUCAUCUCGUUACGGGCAACGCCACAUUAAUCUCUAAUUUAGCAGCGACAGUGCCGGCAUUAGUCGCACACAGGCAUCGUAAAAAGGUACAACAAGCAACAGAUAAGCAAACUUCGGCAGUGUGUACAACGAGACGGCGGCGGCUGUGCAGCACCACACAACGACGGAACGUGCUCGAAGAUGAACUUUACACAGUUCACCAAUCCAUUCGCCAAUGGUUCGAAUCAGUUUGCGACCGGAAAGUUCCCCCAGAACCUUAGCACGGCAGCAUCCAACGGGCAGGUUCUCGGCCUGGUGUCCGGAAGUGAGGGAGCGAUGCAGUUUCUCCGACCAGUGGAAGGAACGGCUGUCAGCGCGGCGUCCGCCAUGUUUCAUCAGCAACAGUCGCAGCACGGCCAGAUCGUGACGACGGCCGGUAUGCCGCACCCGGGGAUGGCGUCCCCGGCGUACAUCACACUCCCCAUCACGAUGCCGGGCGCAAAGCCGGGCGAUGCACAGCAAACCGUCCAGAUUCAGGUGCUGAACCCCAAUCCAGUACCGUCGCAGGUCAGUGGCUCGGCUGCGGGAGGCCAGGGCCAGACCGGAUCGACACCGUCCGGGGCGCUGCAGACACCCAAAUUUCAGAUGGGUCAAAUGCAAAUUCCCAUCCAGGGCUUUCAGCAGGGCACCACGGUGCUAACGGUGGCCUACAGCCCCCAGGACGAGGAGGUCCUUCACAACCAAGGGCUGCCGGAGGGCAUGACAAUAGUGGCCGCACUGCAGCCGCAGGACUUGCAGCUGCUCGCUUCACAAAACCCGGGCACCACGACGAUCCUGCAACAGCACCAACAGCAGCAACAGCAGUCGAAUCUAUCCUCAAACAAUGCAUCCUCCCCGGGUGGCAUAAAGAUAGACAGCGAGAACCCGCCACCCUUGCGACAGAUCAAGCAGGAAUCUCCAACCAUCUGGAACCAGCCGACGCUUGUUCCAACAUCGAUGCAUUCGGCCAGCAACAUUUUGGAGAUGGUGCAGCAGCAGCAACAGCAGCAGCAACAGCUCCAUCAAUUGCAACAACAUCAGCAGCAGCAGCACCAGCAGCAGCAGCAGCAACAGCAGCAGCAACAGCAACAGCAGUCGUCUAGGCCAACACAAAAUCUCAACCUUCAGCCAUACUUAAAGUUUAACGGCGGCAACAACGGCACCAACCCGGCAAUGACAACGCUCAUGAACGGCAACCACGUGCUGCAGCAGCUGGUGCUACCGCCCGGCGUGACGAUAGGUCCGGGGAUCAUUAAACAGGAAGUGCCGGACGAGCAUUCGAACGAGAACACUCAGUUCGGACCGGCGGACAGCUCGGGGCAGCUGGAAAACGGUUCACCGAACGCUCGCACCGCCAAUGGGCGGGAGGCUGAGGGCGAGCCGGGCGAGAAUGGGGACGGUACGGGCAAUGGGACCACUCCCAGCGGGAAGGCGCGAAAGAAACGCAAGUACAAAACGAAACCACCGAAACCGAAGCGCCAGAAACCGGGCCAGGUGCACAUCGCGACCGCAAUCGAUGGGACGGUACUGUUCUGCUGCCCGGAGUGCCACAUGGCCUACCCGGAGAAGGAAUGUCUCGAGCAGCAUCUGGUGGUGCACAAGAUCGAGCGGCGGUUCAUAUGUGAUAUCUGCGGCGCCGGGCUGAAACGCAAGGAGCACCUGGAGCGGCACAAGCUGGGCCACAAUCCCGAGCGCCCGUUCAUAUGCAACGUGUGCGAGAAGGGCUUCAAGCGGAAGGAGCAUCUCAAUCUGCACUUUGUCAUACACAGUGGCGUCAAGACGGAGAUUUGCGACGACUGUGGGAAAGGUUUCUACCGGAAGGAUCACCUGCGGAAGCAUAUAAAGUCGCACCUGAGCAAGCGGCUGAAGGAGAUAAGGGACACCAAUCGCAAUAACAACAACAAUAGCAACAGUAACAACAGAAACACCACCAACGGUGCUACCACCACGACAACGACGACCACGACACCGGCCAUUGCCAAUGGCCCACCGAGCACAUCGAUAGCGACGCUAUCCACGGGCAUCCCGCCCGGAUUGACAAUAACGACGUCCAGCGGGAACAACAUGCAGAGCGCGACCGGAGAGGGUCUCGGGGAAUCGAACUCCACGGCCCAGAAUCUACUACACAGUGCAAUAAGUCUUCCACAGGGUGUGACGAUACACGUACCAACUGCCGAUAAUCAAACGCUCCCGGUGCAGAUCUCCUUACCUCAUCUGGUGGCACAGCAGCAGACCGAUACGGACGGUAGCACAAGAACGGUGCUGGUGUCCAACUCGCCGGAGAACCUGAACCAUCAUCACAGUGCUACCACCACCACCACCACCACCAACGCGGGCACGGGCUCGCCCCCGUCCGCACCUACAUCGAGUGCAUUAUAAUGGUGCCUGGCCUGGAGCCAAGGGAGGAGGAAACUCUGCCAACCAUCAUCCAUCAUCAUCAUCGUUUGCCUUUCGAUGCUGUACAAAGCAGAUCUGUGGUGUGGUCUCGGAAAUACUCAACUAUAACCGCACACGGUCCACAGUGUCUCGUGCGUCGCCCAUAGUUUUAACAGCUUCCCGACGAGCUCGUAUACACCUAGUAGUGGCAUUUGUUUGUUUGUUGCUUCUUUCGAAUCAUCGUUACUUGAUAACAGCUCGUAUCGUGUGCAAAGCUGCACGCGCGUUGUCCGUUAAACGAUAUCGAGCUUUUGCUAUUUUAUGUUUAAACGUAUUUUUUAAAGUAUUUAACAACCUACCAACCUUUUAGCGAGUGUGCUCAGACUCAUAAGCAUAUUUAUUUUAACGCAAAAUGCAUCACAUAAACACACACGCACACACACAGAGCGACGAUUGUCCAUGGCUCAAGGGUCUACAACAUCGUCACUACAACCAACGUUACUUUUUGACCCCGAAAAGCUGGGUGAUUGGGGGGUGGCUGGGAGGUGACUUUUCACAUUUUUGUUUUUAUCUUAAACUAUUUGUUUUUAAUUUAUUUCGCACGCUGUUCGUUGCUAUGACGACGAAUGGUCCUAUUCCCAGGCCCGAUUGUUAAAGGUAACGUGAUAGCGGAAGUGUAGUUGUGCACAGCGUUGAUGGCCUGGGAAGGGGAAAAAUAGCGCCCAAACUCUGGAAUGCAGCUGUCCAUGGAUGCAACAGCUGAGCAACACCGUUCGUGAUGCUCGGUCCAGUUUUAUUUUUAUACAUGUUUAAUUGUUUCAUUCUCUCUAAAGUAAGCGCCGCACAAUAAUAGGGAAAGUGUUGUACAAUGGGAGCGUUGUAUAUAUGUGUAGGUAAAGAUUUGUAUAGAUGAUUUCAUAAAAAGAGAUGAAAAUAAAAUAAAAACAGAGCAAGUAUUAUA